AAACCCUUCUUUCUCUUUUCUCUCUCUCUCUCUCUUUUUUUUUUUUUUGUUCUUUAUAUAUAUACAUAUAUAUAUAUCUUGCGUGUGUGUGUGUGUGUGUGAAUGCCAAUUUUCUAGAUUAUGAAAAUAUCACCUCGAACCAAUAUUUUUUUAAAGAGAAAAAAGAAGCGCAGCAAUGAUGAGGAUGAUGGAGUAGAAGAACAAGAUGACUUGCGACGCAUGGAUUCGACUUCAUCCUAUAUGCAACUUCGUCGAAAUAUUUACGUCAAUAUGAAGUUACCAUCGUCCGAAUACGACGAUCAUGGUAAAUUGAUACAGCAACAUUACACAAGUAAUCGAGUUCGAACAGCAAAAUACACUCCCAUCUCUUUUGUCCCCAAAAACUUGUUUGAACAGUUUAGAAAUGUCGCCAAUUUAUACUUUUUAUUCCUCGUCGUCUUGCAGUGUAUUCCAUUGUUCGGCGUCACGGAACCUGCCGUUUCCGCUUUACCCCUCAUUUGUAUUCUCGUCAUCACCGCCAUCAAGGAUGGUUUCGAAGAUCUCAAAAGAAACCAAAGUGAUGACAAGGUCAACAACUCCAAAGUCUUGAAAUUAACAAACUGGGACAACGUCAAUAUUCCACCUGUCACAAGAGGAACUUGGUAUUAUCUGCAUGUCAUCUUUGGCUUCUUUUCUGUACUGUCAGGUUCAGAAAACAAAUAUGCACAUAGUUACCGAAAUGCAAAAUCAUCUUCCUCCACACACCCAGUAGCAUCUCCCAUCGGAAACGUCAAAAACUCAGAAGAUAAGCGUCCUUUAACCGAAUUGUCUGCGGGUGGUCCCUCCAACGAAUUCUUGACCCCUCCACCACCACCAACACCACCACCAAAAACACUCAUGACAACCGUUCGAAAAAGAUCAGAUACCAUUCGUUCCAAUAUGUCCAACAUGUUCAAUCGUCAACCUUCCCCUAUUGACAAUGAUAAAAGACCUUAUCGUCCCGGCGCUAUUCCUCAUUCUGUCCUCUACCGUAUUUCCACCAGAGAUUCAGCAGCCGUACGCUCUGAAGAAGAACCAGCACAAAACGGAUCCUAUAGAAAUUCCAUGCUGCGACAAACCACCACAAAACCCACGGACAACUGUGCCGAUGCGUUCCCUGGUGACCCCCCCUCCGAGAACUGUCCAGUGCAUUGGGCCAACACGAAAUGGAAAUCAUUAAACGUGGGUGAUUAUGUCUUGCUUGAAAACGAUCAGGAUAUCCCUGCCGAUAUUGUCAUCUUAUCCACCUCAGAGACGGACAAUGUAUGUUAUGUAGAAACACAAAAUUUAGAUGGUGAAACGAAUUUAAAACAACGUCAAGGUUUGCCAGGAACAGCUGGUCUGCGUAGUGAACAUGAUUGUGAAAGAGCUCGUUUCUAUAUUGAAAGUGAACCCCCUCAUGUCAAUAUUUACCAGUACAAUGCCGUCUUGCGUUGGCAGAUCGACGCCAAUGAGAAUGAAACCGUGCGUUCCGGUGUCUCGCAUGAAAAAGCAGAUGCUGUCACCUACAACAAUAUCUUGUUACGUGGUUGUGUUCUCAGAAACACAAAAUGGGCUAUCGGGAUCGUUGUCUAUACAGGAAGUGAUACCAAAAUUAUGUUGAAUACAGGUCGUACACCUUCCAAGAGAAGUAAAAUGGCCAAAGCAACGAACCCUCACGUCAUUGCCAAUUUUGUCAUUUUAGCUAUUCUUUGUAUCGUCAGUUCCAUAAUUGAUAGUGCUCAAUUCAAUGGAAGUGGUUCCUCUCGUUACUUUGAUUUUGGUAUCGAAGGCUCAAAUGCUACUUGGUCUGGCUUUCUUACAUUCUGGGUUACACUCAUUUUAUACCAAAACAUUGUGCCCAUUUCUUUAUACAUCUCUGUGGAAAUCGUAAAGACUGUAGCUGCUUAUUUUAUUUUUGCAGAUCUCGAUAUUUAUUAUGCAGAGACGGACACACCUUGUAUUCCCAAAACAUGGAAUAUUUCUGACGAUCUCGGACAAAUUGAAUACAUCUUUUCCGAUAAAACAGGCACACUUACUCAAAACGUCAUGGAAUAUCGUAAAUGUACCAUCAAUGGUAUCUCGUACGGUAUUGCUACUACAGAAGCGACGAUGGGUGCUAUGAAAAGACAACAAAGUCACCACAACUUUUCCCCGAACGAUCAUAACGAUAUCACCAUGGAUGAUCUUGAUUUCACCUCACCCGAUACCUCACAAAUGGAACAACUUCGCAAGGAUAUGUUUGAAAAACAAGCCAGUCUCUUUCCCAAUACACAUAUUGGGCCAUCGCCUACCUUUGUCGAUCCCAAAUUAUUCGAUCAUCUUGAGGACGAAACCUCACAACAAGCAACCGCCAUCACCCAUUUCUAUCAAUCCUUGGCUCUUUGUCAUACCGUGAUCGCCGAAAGACCUGAUCCUGAAAGACCUGAUCUGAUCGAAUACAAGGCUCAGUCUCCCGAUGAAGCCGCCCUCGUUGCUACCGCCAGAGACAUGGGAUUCACUUUCCUUCGUCGUGAUGCCAACAAACUCUACAUUGAGGUCAAGGGCCAAGAAAAAUGCUUCAUCCUCCUCAACGUCCUCGAAUUUAAUUCCACCCGAAAAAGAAUGAGUGUCAUCAUCAAGCCCGAAGACAGCGAUCGUAUCGUCUUGCUUUGCAAAGGUGCAGAUUCCGUCAUCUAUGAACGUUUGUGUACUGAAUUCGGUAACCAACAUCAAUUGGAAAAGGAUCAACAAGAAUUAAGAGAUUCUACUAGUAAACAUCUGGAACAGUUUGCAAACGAAGGUCUUCGUACACUCUGUCUUUCUUACCGUUUUAUCUCUCCUGAAGAGUAUAAACCAUGGAAUAAGAGAUUUCAAGAAGCAGCAGCUAGCAUUCAUCAACGUGAAGAACGUGUUGAUGCUGUGAGUGAAGAAAUCGAAGCCAACAUGUUAUUAAUGGGUGGUACCGCUAUUGAAGAUCGUCUUCAAGAAGGAGUACCCGAAACCAUUGCAGAACUAGCAAAAUCCGGUAUCAAGUUAUGGGUUCUCACCGGUGAUAAAACAGAGACUGCUAUCAAUAUCGGUUUCUCUUGUAAUCUACUGACAACCGAUAUGGAAUUACUCAUCCUCUCCGCUGCGAAUCGUAUUGAUACCGCCCAAAUCUUGACGGAUACCUUGGAAAGAUUGAAGAAGGAAGAGACGUUGGACCCUCUAGCCGAAAAGAAAUAUGCGCUUGUCAUUGACGGUACCACUCUCAAGUACGCUCUGGAAGCCGCUACCAAAGAUAAAGUCCUGGACAUUGGUAUGCGUUGCUCCAGCGUCAUUUGCUGUCGAGUCAGUCCCAAACAAAAGGCGCAAGUGGUCAACCUUGUCAAGAAGGGUUUAAAAGUCAUGACGUUGGCGAUCGGUGAUGGUGCGAACGAUGUUUCUAUGAUUCAGGAAGCCAAUGUAGGUGUUGGUAUCUCGGGUGUCGAAGGUCGACAAGCUGUGAUGGCUUCCGAUUACGCUAUUGCUCAAUUCAGAUUCUUGAAAAAACUCUUAUUGGUGCAUGGUCGUUGGUCUUAUCUUCGUACGGCUGAAAUGAUCAUGGGUUUCUUCUUUAAGAAUAUCGUUUGGACUUUUGUCUUGUUCUGGUAUCAAAUCUUUUGUCAAUUUAACGGUUCCAUGGUAUUUGACUAUGCCUUGGUUACAUUGUACAAUGUUGUCUUUACAUCUCUUCCCAUUAUCUUUUUGGGUAUCUGGGACCAAGAUCUCAACGCUAAAAUCUCACUCAAGUAUCCUCAACUUUACCGUAUGGGUCUUCGUAACGAUAAAUUCAAGGUAUGGAGAUUCUAUCUCACGAUCGUCGACUCGAUCUUUCAAUCGGCAGUUUGCUUCUUUUUCCCUUAUAUGCUCCUUGUGGGUGGUGCCAUUGAUCCGAGCGGAUAUGACGCCAAUGGGCUAUAUGAAAUUGGUACCAUUGUAUCCAGUAUCUCUGUCUGUGUAGCUAAUUUCUUUGUGGUGAUUUCAUUGUAUAACUGUACCUGGAUUCUAGCCUUCAUCGUGUUUAUAUCGAUCUUUGUUUACUAUGCAUUUGUCGUUGUCUAUUCUCAAUUCAAUACGUUUAUCUUUGCAGGUCAGUUACGUUUAUUCGGUACCGGCUUUUACUGGUUAAUACUUAUCUUGACGAUUGUUGCUUGUUUCCUUCCUCGUAUCGCUGCCAAGUAUUAUAUACAACAAUAUGAUCCUUACGAUAACGACAUUAUUCGUGAGAUUGAACUUGUUCUUAAAAAGAAGGAUAAGGAAAAUACAGAUGAAGAAUUGUUGGAUGUAGAUGCAGAAGUAGCCUCUGGUACGACUCCUACUGUCUCUUGUCAAUUUAGUAAAGAAGUCAACAAGUAAAUCGUCCCCCUCCCCUCCCCUAAUUUUUUAUACACACACCUACACCCCCUCUUCUAGUUUCUUCUUUUUUAAUAACCUCUUACAAAAAAAAAAAAAAAAAAAAAAAAAAAGAAAAAAACUUUAUUUAUUGUAUUUCCUUUUAUUUCAACUUCCUGUAUAAUAC